GGUAUGGCGCGCCGGCGGCGGCGCAGCCGGAGGUGUGGCCCGCGCCGGCGGCUGAUAUGCCGCGCAUCGUGUCGCUGGACGUGCAGUGCGACAAGUCGCUUAUGCGCGUGUCAGUCAAGUUCGACAAGCCCUUCUCCGGCAUCAUCUUCAGCAAAGGGCACUACAGUAACUACAACUGCGUGCACCUGCAGCCGGGCUCGACCAGCGCCGACGCGCAGUUCGACAUUAGCAUCAACGCGUGUGGCACGACCGGCAACACGGAGAACGGCCAGUACGGCUACGGCUCCGACUCGGGCUCCGGCACCUACUUCGAGAACACCAUCAUCAUCCAGUACGAUCCACAGGUGCAGGAGGUGUGGGACCAGGCGCGCAAGCUGCGCUGCACGUGGCACAACCAGUACGAGAAGGCCGUCACCUUCCGACCGUUCCCCGUGGACAUGCUGGACGUGGUGCGCGCCGACUUCGCCGGCGAUAACGUCGGCUGCUGGAUGCAGAUCCAGGUGGGCAAGGGUCCCUGGGCGGCCGAGGUGUCCGGCCUGGUCAAGAUCGGCCAGACCAUGACCAUGGUGCUGGCCAUCAAGGACGACGACAACAAGUUCGACAUGCUGGUCCGCAACUGCAUGGCGCACGACGGCAAGCGCGCGCCCAUCCAGCUGGUGGACCAGGCCGGCUGCAUCACGCGCCCCAAGCUCAUGUCCAAGUUCACCAAGAUCAAGAACUUCGGCGCGUCGGCGUCCGUGCUCUCCUACGCACACUUCCAGGCGUUCAAGUUCCCCGACUCGAUGGAGGUGCACUUCCAGUGCACGAUCCAGAUCUGCCGGUACCAGUGCUCGGAGCAGUGCGGCUCGGCCAUCGAGCCGCGCCCGGCCGGCGGCUACGACGCGCCGCCGGCGCAGGGCUACGAGGGACCGCACGACGAGCGACGAGUGCGACGUUCCGCCGAGGCGCGCGACGUCGGCAUCGACCGCGUCAUCCAGGUGGUCUCCACGCGCGACCUGGCCUUCGCGCUGGAGACGCCCGCCGGCAACGACACGGAGACGGUGGUGUUCCCCGUCGAGAGCGACGACCAUCGGAUCUGUAUGUCGACGCCUGGCUUCGCGGCCACGCUCAUCGUGCUGCUGGCCAUCCUGGUCAUCUCCUCGCUGCUCUCGGCCUUCCUGUGCCUGCGGUACCGCGCCUUCGGCGGCGACCGGUCGCUGGCGGUGGCCGCGGACGAGGAGGCGACCCAGGUGGCGCAAGAUGUGACCUCGGAGGAGCAGGCGGUGGUGCAGGGCGCACCGUCGUGCUCCCGCAGGCGCCCAGCGGCGCCUACGGCGGCGGCGGCGGAGGAAGCUCGGCCGGACACGCAGGUGGCCACGGAGGUGGAAUCGGAGGCGGGCACGGAGGCGGGCACGGAGGUGGAGGCCACGGCAGCGGCGGCGGCGAAUACAGCAUCGGAGGCGGAGGGCACGGCACCGGCGCCGGUGGACAUGGCGGAGGCGGAGGGUACAGUGGUGGAGCCGGUGGGCACGGCGGCGGAGGCGGCGGACAUGGCAGCAGCGGACAUGGAGACGGCGGACACGGCAGCAGCGGACACGGUGGUGGCGGACACCGAGCCACAGAGCUACGAUGCGCCGGCCGCGCUGCAACAGAGCUACGACGCGCCGCAGCCGCAGCAGAGCUACGACGCGCCGCAGGCGCAGGCGUACGAGGCUCCGGCGAAGCCCGAGCAGGCGUACGAGCCGGCGCCGGCACACCAGGUGGCCGAGCAGUACGGCGCGCCCGAAGCGCAGGCGCAGGCGGCGGAGCAGGGGUAUGGCGCGCCGGCGGCGGCGCAGCCGGAGGUGUGGCCCGCGCCGGCGGCUGAUAUGCCGCGCAUCGUGUCGCUGGACGUGCAGUGCGACAAGUCGCUUAUGCGCGUGUCGGUCAAGUUCGACAAGCCCUUCUCCGGCAUCAUCUUCAGCAAAGGGCACUACAGUAACUACAACUGCGUGCACCUGCAGCCGGGCUCGACCAGCGCCGACGCGCAGUUCGACAUUAGCAUCAACGCGUGUGGCACGACCGGCAACACGGAGAACGGCCAGUACGGCUACGGCUCCGACUCGGGCUCCGGCACCUACUUCGAGAACACCAUCAUCAUCCAGUACGAUCCACAGGUGCAGGAGGUGUGGGACCAGGCGCGCAAGCUGCGCUGCACGUGGCACAACCAGUACGAGAAGGCCGUCACCUUCCGGCCGUUCCCCGUGGACAUGCUGGACGUGGUGCGCGCCGACUUCGCCGGCGAUAACGUCGGCUGCUGGAUGCAGAUCCAGGUGGGCAAGGGUCCCUGGGCGGCCGAGGUGUCCGGCCUGGUCAAGAUCGGCCAGACCAUGACCAUGGUGCUGGCCAUCAAGGACGACGACAACAAGUUCGACAUGCUGGUCCGCAACUGCAUGGCGCACGACGGCAAGCGCGCGCCCAUCCAGCUGGUGGACCAGGCCGGCUGCAUCACGCGCCCCAAGCUCAUGUCCAAGUUCACCAAGAUCAAGAACUUCGGCGCGUCGGCGUCCGUGCUCUCCUACGCACACUUCCAGGCGUUCAAGUUCCCCGACUCCAUGGAGGUGCACUUCCAGUGCACGAUCCAGAUCUGCCGGUACCAGUGCUCGGAGCAGUGCGGCUCGGCCAUCGAGCCGCGCCCGGCCGGCGGCUACGACGCGCCGCCGGCGCAGGGCUACGAGGGACCGCACGACGAGCGACGAGUGCGACGUUCCGCCGAGGCGCGCGACGUCGGCAUCGACCGCGUCAUCCAGGUGGUCUCCACGCGCGACCUGGCCUUCGCGCUGGAGACGCCCGCCGGCAACGACACGGAGACGGUGGUGUUCCCCGUCGAGAGCGACGACCAUCGGAUCUGUAUGUCGACGCCUGGCUUCGCGGCCACGCUCAUCGUGCUGCUGGCCAUCCUGGUCAUCUCCUCGCUGCUCUCGGCCUUCCUGUGCCUGCGGUACCGCGCCUUCGGCGGCGACCGGUCGGUCCUCUCCGCCUUCGAGAACCCCAUCUUCCUGCACAAGAAGAGCGGCCACUUCUGAGCAGCGGCGGCCGCUGCAGCUCGCGUCGCCAGCGAGUCGAAUCGGCGCAUGCGCGGCGAUCGCGAGGCUACCACUGCUCCCGGCCCGUCGCGGACGUGUCGCUGCGGCGAUGCCCCGCUCGGCGGAAGCCUCGCAGAGGCUUCGCUCGUCGCCCAGCUCGCUCAGGAUCGCUCGUCGCCGACCAGGCGCCGACGCCUGGGCGCGCCGCUGCGACGUCAGGACGUCACGGGGGCGAGAGUCCGCCGAGCUGGUUAUCCUGCGGGGUCGGGAACACGAGGGCGCGGGGUCGUCGGCGGGCACUUGGACCGUCUGAGGUCCGUCGGGAGGCUAUCCGCGGAGCUGCCGCGCACGCAGGCCAGGCCGGGUCAGGGGGCGACCAGAGCCGCUGGCCCCGGUCGCCGGGCGGGAUGCUCUCGGUGCCCCGGUGGGUCAGCUGACCUGGUGUGACCUGCGGCGCAGCGCCGGCUUCCGACAGCCGGCACCGGCACGCUGCAGAUUCUAGGCUCCCCCGACCGCCGGCGGCCGGCGUUCAUCUUGUCUGCGUGCGGCUCGCGCGAUACUCCAGAGCUCCGCAGCACGGAUGGCGCCGACGCCGCGGCGGUCUCACCAGGGCACGGAACUUUGCCUGCCGCCCCGGCGCCCCACUCGUGGAACGACUGUGACGUCAUGAAGCGUUGUCACAUUCGUUCUGCGUACGGCGGAAGUGUCAGCUGGUCACGAUCAGAGCUUGGGAGAUCCUGACGUUUCAUGGAGCCGCCGCGAGAGCCCAAAGCUGCUUGCCUUCAGGCGACUGAUUGCAAAUGCCCGUGAUAUGGUUGCGUGUAUCUUGGCCGGCGUACAGCUGGCACCUUACAGGCGCACUCGUGUUUGUCUUAUUUGUCACCGUACUCCGCGCCAUGUCUCGCCUCACGGCGGUUUUGGCAGGGUGCCAAAUCCAGCGCCAAUCUUGUUACUCCACCCCCGAGGCUGUUAGCCGUUGUGCCUUGGGAGGAUUUGUUAUAUGGAGUUGCGCUGGGUAUGAUAGUAGCAUUGUCUGGUGUGCAUCAGGACUGAAUGGUGAAUGGAACGGAGUGCAUAUAUGACGCAUGUUUACAGGGCUCGUGUAUGGCUGGGAGGAACCGCAGUGCGGUGGAAACGAAACAAAUGGUCCUGCGAACAUAUUGGAGCGUUUGGGAUGUUUGCUGACGCGGCAAUACAUACAAACAAUAUACAUGUAUAGCUGA